CAGAGAGCACCAACUUACACCUACAGUACUGAUAAUCUAUCCUAUACGAUCAAAGAAAUUUUAGUGGUGAUAAUGGAGGCUCAGGUUAUCUUUGGCAUCUCCCUCGCUGUCAUCUUCUUCGUCUCUGGGGCUAAAUCAGCUACAUUCACAUUAAACAACAACUGCCCCUUCACAGUUUGGCCUGGAAUUCUAACAAGUUCAGGACCUCAAUUAUCCACAACGGGCUUUGAGUUAGCCUCAAAAGUCUCAUUAAUCCUAGACGUUCCAGCUACAUGGUCCGGCCGAUUGUGGGCUCGAACUCAAUGCACAAACGUUAAUGGCAAGUUCCAAUGUGCCACAGGGGACUGUGCCUCUGGUCAGGUUUCAUGCGGCGGCGCUGGUGGGAUCCCACCAGUAUCCCUGGCAGAAUUCACCGUCGCAGCAAACAAUGGACAAGAUUUUUACGACAUUAGCCUCGUUGAUGGCUUCAACUUGCCUCUUUCAAUCGCCCCACAAGGUGGUUCGGGAGGUUGCACCCCUGUCAGCUGCACGGCCAAUGUGAAUGCAGUUUGCCCGCAGGAAUUACAGGUUAAGGGGUCUGAUGGAGGCGUUGUUGCCUGCAAAAGCGCAUGCUUGGCCUUUAAUCAAUCUCAGUAUUGCUGCACAGGCAAUUUUAGUACCCCGGAUACUUGCCCUCCCACAAAUUAUUCUAAUAUUUUCAAGAGCCAGUGCCCUCAGGCUUAUAGUUACGCUUAUGAUGAUAAGUCUGGUUUGGCUACAUGUACUGGUGGAGCUAAUUACCUCAUAACUUUCUGUCCUUGAAGAUUAGUUUUCUUGAUCUAUAAAAUCUUGAACUACAAAAAUGUUAUGAUCAAGAAUAUAAUCUUCAAAUAUAUUUCUUUAUCUACGUUUUUUUAUAGACUGUUUCUUUCAGUUGAUUUUGGCUGAUAAUUUGGAAAAUCGUCUUGUUGCCCAUAGCAAUAAUUUAUUUAGCCCUUGACAACUGGCUUUUUCUAUGAAUCAUCUUGCUUCCAUGACGAA